UUCUCACUCAUUGUUUUCGUGGAAAUUUUCAGUAAGCUCCCUCAAACUCUCGCGCUGUCGCAGUCCUUCACUUCACCAAGCUCACUCUCGCAGUCGUUCACUCUCAGGUGACUCCCCAAGCUUCGUUGUUCACUCCGUAAUGUCGUCUCUCACGCUGAGUGACAGAGAAGAAGAAGUUCCUUCUUCUCGCGCUCACUCACUCUUCCUUCUUGUGGAGUUCGUUUCAUUGAUCUGACGUUGGUGCAUUGUUAUUGAGGUGAGGGUGUUGCGUUUUGGGAAGAUUCAUAGUGGUUGUACCGUAAGGGAAGGUCGGACGGCCUGGGUAGAAGGGGACGACCGUCAGACCCCUCGACGAAAUAGUUGGAGACCCGGUUAUGACGACCGGCGCCAGUCAGAACGCUAGGCAAAACGAGCGAAGCAAAAGCCACCUGACAUGUAUGCAACCGACAGGGAUCGUAGCCGGUCUUGACAGCCGGCCAGAGAGCCAAGUUAGGAUGUUAAGAAUUCGAGAUUAAGAUAAAAUAAGGAUUAACCUUAGCGGGCCUGUGAUUGGGCCGUGAUUAAGCUCCCACUAAUCAUUGGCCCAUGAGGAAAACUAUAAAUAGGAGUCAAAGGUAAGAGGUAGGGUACAUUUCAAUGCUCAUUUAUUUCUCUUUCUCUUUCUAUCUCUACCUUUAUUAGAGUGGACUGGAACACUGACUUGAGCGUCGGAGUACUAUUAGCAGGUACCCGGACGGCAAGACAAGGAGGAAUACGGACAUCUGAGUCGAAGUAACGGAGGACCGGACGGUACAGAGUGGGAAAUUGUGCAGGGAAGCUUGGACGAACUCCCGACCGGAACAGUGGUAUUAAGAACAUGGAUCAAUUUCCAUCAAAUCGUGCAUGGAUGUAUGAUAGGAAUCAUAGAGGACGAGGUGCUUUGAAGGUGUCUUUUGUAUUUGGAGUUGAAGAGUUUAUAACAAAAGCUUGUAAACAAGACCGUUAUCACAAAGACGGGGGAGUUCGAUGUCCAUGCAUUAAGUGUGACUGUACAAAGAUUUUGGAGAAAAGAGUUGUGAAGGUUCACCUCUACAAACAUGGUUUCAAGCCUAAUUAUUUGAUUUGGAUUGAUCAUGGUGAACGAAUGCCUGAAGGUGAUUUAGAUAAUGAUGUAACUUCAAUGGGUGUGGAGACGGAUGGUGAACGAAAUGACCAAUUUAUGUUGAUGCAAGACAUGAUGCAUGAUGUUGAUCGAUGCACAUCAUCCUCUUCCUGUGUUGCUUCUAAUCAAUUAACUCCCACCACAAAUGCUACACCAUCACCUCCUAUACAUAUCCCAGGCACACAUUCAAGUUCAACCGUUAAUGAACUUGAUGUGGAAGAGGAUUUUAACCAUCGUCCUACGAUUCGACCCAUUGGAGGAGGGUUUUAUCCAUCAAAAACUGCAUCAAAGGCCAUCACAGCCACCAUUAAGCAAAAAUUUGAUCAGCCAUGGCUAACAUGGGGAGCUAUCCCCAAGAGAGAGAAAGGUCUUUUCUUCCAGUGUUUUAAGGUUUUGUUUCUGGUUGACUGUGAGAGCUGGAACGUGAUCUGAAGUGGUCUUUGGAGCAAACAAUCUGGUGCAUUGAUCACAUGGUUUGAGCUAGUGUUGGAAGCAAUUGGUUUUGGCUUGUCCAGCUGCUUCGGGAGAUAAUUGACGCUGGAUUAUAUUGUAGUAUGGUGCAUGAUUUUAUUUCUUUUCUUUGGUUUGUGGUGCAGCAUCAGGUGCAUUUUAAGCUAUAAAGUGUUGCAAAUACUGGAUGUUGGAGAAAGACCUGGUUGCCAAUAGCCAGUUGCUGCUGAACCAAUUUUAAGUGCUGGAGUUGGCAGGUUUUGAGCUUGGUGCAACAACUUGGUUUAUGGAAGGAAGUUGAACGCUUGAACCAGUUUGGCUUGCAGGUGUGGAUGCAGUUUUGGCAGUUUUGGUGCAGCCAUUUGUCUCAAAUAGAACUUGGAAAGCCAAUGCAUUUUAUUUGGACUUUUUCAGUGUUUGGAGGCCAAUCUAACGUGGUCAUUGCAGCUUGGUACUGCCGAGUUGUUUGUGUUUUAAAAUAUAUGGUGCAGGACCAAUUUUUGGUUUAUUUUGCUGCAGGUUUUUGUGAGUACCGCGAGCACAUAUCAACACUGUUUGGAGCUGUCGGAAUUAUAGUGCACGUUGGAAAUAAGGAAAAUAAAUUGGGUUGUGGAUGUGGCACAUUUCUGGUUGGAUGAGGGCUGUUUUGGUGGUGUUGUUAGGUGCUAAGCAAGCUACUGGAUGACCCUUGCUGUCCAGUCUAAUUAUGCAAUUUUGGUCUAUUUUAUGUGUUUGAGUGUGAAAACUAUUUUAAGAGCUUCAUUUGAGCUGUUACGCGUAGGAUUUGGU